AUGAAGUCGACACCACGUAUGGAUGCGGCUCCUGAUGACGAAGAUAGUGCUGCACCUUCUCUUCCAUCUGAAGAGGAGCGUUUAUGGAAUAUCAUAAGGGUUAACCCCCAAGAUUUCAAUGCAUGGACUGCCCUUCUUGACGAGACAGAGAAGACAUCUGAGGAUAAUAUAGCAAAAAUUCGGAAAGUUUAUGAUGCUUUCUUAGCUGAAUUUCCCCUUUGCUAUGGCUAUUGGAAAAAAUAUGCCGAUGCUGAGGCUCACGAGGGGGCAAUGGACAAAGCUGUGGAAGUUUAUGAGAGAGCAGUUCAAGGGGCAGCGUAUUCUGUGAACAUUUGGUUGCAUUAUUGCUUUUUUGCAAUCAAUACUUAUGGGGAUCCAGGCAUUAUUAGAAGUCUUUUUGAGCGAGGGUUGGCCCAUGUUGGGACCGAUUAUUUGUCUUGUCCGUUAUGGGACAAAUACAUUGAGUACGAGUACACGCAGCAGGAGUGGAGACGGCUUGCCAUGAUACACACAAGGAUACUGGAGAGUCCAAUCCAGAAUUUGGAUGGAUAUUUCGAUAGAUUCAAGGAACUAGUCGAAGCACGGCCGUUCUCUGACUUAAAGAGCGCCGCCGAUGAAGCUCUUACUGGCUCAGCUGCUGCUGGAAUUGCACUGUCCGAUGAAGAGUUGCAAGCUGAUGUUCCUACAGAACCAGAGGAGUUGAGGAAAUACAUAGCCAUAAGAGAAGACAUGUACAAGAAAGCCAAAGAGCUUGAAUCCAAAAUCAUUGGCUUCGAAAUGGCUAUAAGAAGACCCUAUUUCCACGUGCUUCCCCUUGGUGCGGCUGAACUGGAGAAUUGGCACAACUAUUUGGAUUUCAUAGAAAGGGAUGGCCAUUUAGACAAGGUGGUCAAGUUGUACGAAAGAUGUGUGGUUGCAUGUGCAAAUUAUCCCGAAUAUUGGAUCCGGUACGUGCUAAGAAUGGAAGCCAGUGGAUGCAUGGAUCUCGCUGAAAAUGCUCUUGCUCGUGCAACUAAAGUCUUUGUCAAGAGACAACCCGAGAUCCACCUUUUUGCUGCUCGGUUUAAAGAACAGAAUGGGGACAUUGCUGGUGCUAGAGCUGCUUACCAACUCAUCCACUCUGAAAUUGCACCUGGGCUCCUUGAAGUAAUAAUCAGACAUGCAAACAUGGAGCGUCGGCUGGGGAACUUGGAUGAUGCUUUCUCUGUAUAUGAACGAGCUAUUGCAAUUGAAAAAGAGAAGGAACACUCCCUAAUAUUGCCGGUGUUGUGUGCUCAAUAUUCAAGGUUUUCCUAUUUGGUUGCUGGAGAUGCCGAUAAAGCCAGGAGGAUUCUGCUAGAAGGACUGGACAACACACAGCCAUCAAAACCACUCUUGGAGGCUCUGAUUCACUUCGAGACGAUCCAGCCCGCACCAAGGCAGAUUGAUUACUUGCAGUCACUUGUUGAAGGGUUUAUAAUGGCAAAUGCAGAUUCCCAGAAUACUGCAGAAAGGGAAGAGUUAUCCUCUGUAUACAUAGAGUUUUUGGGUCUUUUUGGAGAUGCAAAGUUGCUAAAGAAGGCUGAAGACGAGCAUGCAAGGCUCUUUUUACCUCAGAGGAGCACAUCGAAGCUUAAAAAGCGCAGCGUCGAUGAUUUUCUUUCUUCAGAUAGGACUUAUUGCACUCCUUCCGAACAGCCAGAUGCGGAUCAAGUAUGCUUCAGCGUAGGCGCGCCAAAAAAAUCAAAGGGCCCAAACCCAAGAAAACAAGAACAUAAGGAAAGGAAAGCUCAGCAGGCUAAUCAACAAGAUCUCAGUCAAAUUGAAGUUGGGGAAUUUGGCGAUGGUACGGAACUCACACGAGAUUGGAGAGCUAUCUGCGGUAUUCUGAAUAUUGUUGUCGCCAAACAAAAAAGAGAGACUUGUUGGGCGGUAUCGUUGUCAUUGUUGUUGCAAUGCAUUGUCAAUUGCGGACAACCGAUACAAAACCACAUCACAUUUAAUAUUGCUAAAUUUGUUAAAGUAUGCAAAGCUGACAAGUCUGAUAGGAGUGGAUCUUUGAAGGCUGCAGCCAAAUAUAUCUGGGACAAUGGACUACCAAAAAACGAUGUCAGGUUUCAAGCAUCAAUGAAUAUAGUAAGAAGAAAAUUCGUUGUCAAAUGUGACGCUGAUAAAGACUUCAUCCGCCGACGGCUAGAUAAAGGACCUCUUGUUCUAAUUCUCUCAACAAGCGAUGAAUUCAAUGAUCUUGAAAAGGGUUCAGAGGGGAACCUGAGCGACCUCACCGGAACAAAGGGGAGGGAUCCCGUAGGAGCAGAAGCAAGGGGAAGCAUCGGAGGAAUUGCUCCGUCAGAUGUGGGAAAACUGUUUUGCGAUCUCAGCAGAGCCUGUGGGAAUCGGAGGGGAACUCACGCCACUGAGGCCAAGGGAAACAUGGAGGGUCGAAGAAGAGGAAAGGCGCGUAGGGGUGGAAAGUCAUCGACGACGACAACGCUGAGCUCUAGGGUUGGAUCGACAGUGUUGGUGACAGGAGAAGCAGGGCUGGAGUUUGGGAAUCCAUACCCGGGGACAUGA